AGGUGCCUGGCCUGCCAACCCAACUGGCAACGUACAGUAGCAAGCUUUGCAGAGCAGGACAGCUUCCCAGCCGAGAAGCGGAACUCGCCCGGCUUCCGGUUUAGUGCCUGCUUCCGGAUUAGCGCCUGUUUCCGGUUUCUUCCCCGCCUUUUCCGUUUCCGGCCGCUCCUGCCGCUUUUGGUCGGCGCGGUGGCUCUGACCGCUGUCAGGUGGAGGUGGUUCCGAUUCCAAACUCUAUGGCUGUGGUGGGGUCUGUGAAGACUGCACUGCAGGUGGCCGAGGUGUUGGAGGCCAUUGUGAGCCGCUGCGUGGGGCCGGAGGGGCGGCAAGUUUUGUGUACGAAGCCCACCGGCGAGGUGCUGCUCAGCCGGGAUGGAGGCCGCCUCCUGGAGGCGCUACACUUAGACCAUCCCAUAGCCAGGAUAAUAGUGGCGUGUGUUUCCAGUCAUCUAAAAAAGACAGGAGAUGGUGCUAAAACCUUUGUUAUCUUUCUUUGCCAUUUACUCAGAGGACUUCGUGCAAUCACAGAAAAAGAAAAGGAUUCAUUGAUUUCUGAAAAUAUUCAAACUUUUGAAAGAUGUUGGAAAAAUUGUUGUCAGUGGAAAUUUAUUUGUCAAGCUCUAUUGACGUUUCAGACACAAAUUCUAGACGGCAUUAUGGACCAGUACUUAAGUAGACACUUUUUAUCCAUCUUUUCUUCAUCUGCUAAAGAGAGAACAUUGUGUAGGAGCUCCUUAGAGUUACUCCUAGAAGCAUACUUUUGCGGAAGAGUGGGAAGAAAUAAUCACAAAUUUAUUUCACAGUUGAUGUGUAACUUCUUUUUCAAGUCCACGAUUUCUGACAGUAGGCUGGAAGUAUUUGAGUUAGUGGAUGACUGUUUUGUAGAGUUGAAUGUCAGUGUCACUGGCCUCCCUGUGUCAGAUUCUAGGAUCAUAGAUGGUCUUGUGCUUCACAGAGAUUUUUCUGUUUACUGCCCAGCAGAUGGUGACAUGCGAGUAGCAAUAGUAAGAGAAACCAUUCAGCCUCUUUUUUCAACUUCUGGAUCAGAGUUUGUUCUAAACUCAGAAGCACAGUUUCAGACAUCUCAGAUUUGGAUUAUGGAAAGAACAAAAUCAAUAAUGAAACAUUUACGUAGUCAGAAUGUAAGAUUGCUCCUCUCUAGCGUGAAACAACCAGAUUUAGUGAUUUAUUAUGCAAGGCUGAAUGGCAUAUCAGUGGUGGACUGUUUAUCGUCAGAAGAAAUUUCUCUUAUUCAAAGGAUCAUUAGUCUUUCCCCAUUUGUACUUCCACAGGCCUCUUUACAGUGUGAAAUUUCUAACCCUGCUUUGGUGAAAUUUUGUAAACCUCUUAUCCUUAGAUCCAAAAGAUAUGUCCAUCUUGGUCUGAUGAGCACAUGUACAUUUGCACCACAUUGUAUAAUUCUUUGUGGACCAGUGCAGGGUCUUAUUGAACAACAUGAAAAUGCUUUACAUGGAGCAUUUAAAAUGCUUCGGCAGUUAUUUAAAGACUUUGAUCUAAAUUAUGUAAAAAAAAGCAAUGACCAAAAUGACACAUUAAGUCCUCAUGUAAAGAACAACGAUGAAUUAGAAAAAAAUCAAUAUUUACAAGCACACUCAAAUUUGGUAGUUUCAGAUGCUGAAUUAGAAACAUAUAUUCCAUGUUCAACACCAAAACUGCUACCAACAGAUACAGUCCAAACAGAUGAAACAUGGAGAUGUUUGCCUCCUGAAAAUAAAAAGAUCAAUGAUGACUAUGAACUAUUAAUUGAGAGUAAUUCCAGUAGUAAUCCUAUAACAGAAAAUACUAGAAUAGAAACUUAUUGUGAAAAUCUCCAGGUCACAAAUAUUGCUGGAAAGGAGAGCACAUUACCAAUGAAAUACAAAUCACUAGAUACACAUAUUUCACAGAGUUACUGUUCUUCAUCUGUGCCAGCAGGUUGUGUUUUGCCUGUGGGUGGGAGUUUUGAGAUCUUACUACAUUACUACCUUCUCAACUAUGCCAAAAAAUGUCAGCAAUUACAAGAAAUCAUGGUUAGUAAAUUAAUAGCCAGUGCACUUUUAGGCAUUCCCAAAAUUCUUUAUAAACCUAAGAAAGGAAAUCACAACUUUCCACAAAUAUAUUUGAGAGCUCUCCAUGCACUGCAGACAAAUCAACCCAUAAUAAGCUGUCAGGCAGGUUUGGAAUCAGUAAUUGGUAAAUACCAUUUACUAACUUCAGUUCUUCAAUGUUUGACAAAAAUAUUAACUGUUGACUUGAUAAUCAAUAUUAAGAGACAGCCUCAAAAAAGUUGUGAUCAAGAUUCAGAAGAUGAACUUCAGCAUUAGAAGUUUUUUGUUAACCAGUCUUUAAUCCAACUAGAACUAUAAAAUAAUGCAGGCAUAUGAAUACUGGUUCUCAAGACAAUUCAGUCUACUCAGGAAAACAGCAUAAUUUCAAAUGUCUUUAGAAGUGUGCUAAGACCACCAGACCAUUUAGAUGCAAAUAUUAGGCUACUUUAUGGAACAAAACUAAAAGGGAAGCCAGGAUCCAGCUAAAUGUGUCUCUUUUGCGUUUUAUGUCUGUGUCUGGCCUCUGUGUUAGUCUGUGUGUUUUCAGAGUGUUUUGUUAAAGUGGAUACUUUAGUUCUUACAUUUAUAUGCUACUGGUUUCAUUUCUAUUCAUCUGUAAAAAAAAAACUGAUAGAUUUUUACUACUCAUAUACCUCUGAAUAUAUGUUAUGAGAAAUGGUAUUGCACAUUGUGAAUCCAUUUUAGUUCUGUAAUUAAAAGUUAAUUCCAGAAACAAUAUGGAAUUUAUUCUUUUUAUUUUCUCCUAGAGCCUACAAAUCUUGUAAAGAGAUUUCAUGUACUUACCGGGUUUUCUUGUAUUUAAUGAGUUAAGCCAGAGUUAAGUAGUAACAAAUAAUUUGACAAUUGUUUCUAAUUUGAAUUUAUAAAUGUUUGUAUUUUAUUUUGAAAAAAAAAAAAGCUAUGCCUCUAGCUGUAGGUAGGAACAGUGCCUUGUAUUUGUACUAGUUCUCAAAAACACCGAAAACAGUGCUUUGUUUAUUCCAAGUAUGCAAAAGUGCUUGUGAAAUAAAACAGUUCUAUCUUUGUUCUGUUUCCCUAAAUGCAUGUUUCCAAUUUACUUAUUCAAAAAACUACUGAGUACACAUUGUGCGCCAGAUACUGCGGUCGAUACUGAGCGUGUGUCUUCAUGCACUUUUCCUCAAAGGUGGAUGGAAAGAGACAUGUGCAACACUUAGGUUAGGAUUGAUUUAGGAAAGCCAAAGAAAAAAAUUAUGAUUGGGUAAAUAGUGACAAAUAAUGUAUUAGAAAACUGGAAUCAUGUCAUGCAGAAUCUUAUGACCUUUUAUAUUAAAUAUAGUUCUGCUUUUUAAAGGUGUGCAGCACAGGACACAUUAUUUUGGUGAAUGCGAAGAGUAAUGUAGCUUUUUUAUGGAAUUUUUAGAGGAAUGAACCUGUGUUAAAAUUGAGUAAUUUUUUUCCAUUCAUUUUCAAUUGACUGUGGGGUCAUUUUGCUUUAUUUUGUUACUGUUGUUGUUGAAGGCAUUCAGAGACUUUAAAAUAUAUCCAGUGUUGUUAAUAUGGUAAGCAUGUAAUUAGGCGUUUAAUGUCAGUAGUUCAGAAAACUUUUUGUAAGCUGUCUUUGUUUGAUUGGUUUGGUAUUUUGCAAACAAGUCAAUAAACAUCUGUUAAGGA